UGAUUCUAAUUUUUCGGUGCAUGCAAAAACCUCAUUAUUAAAUACAAAUUAUAUUAGCCACAUAUAUGAGAGUAAACAUUUAUAUAUACGUCUAUUGCCACGUACAAUUUCAAAGUUAAUUAUAAGAGAACAAACAGUUUCUUAAUGGCUGGCCUCUUCAGCCAAACCCAAACCACUUUCUAUAAUGGAAUCAAAAUAAGAACACUUCCUUCUUUCAAUGCAUCAUCAGAUUUUGAUAUUUCUAUUAACUUUCCUUCGGUUUCUAAGCUUAAGGGAAUACAACAGCUGAUCCCAUCAAGGCGAUUUGGAAACUACCAACCUCCCCAUUGGGAUUUCCAUUUUGUGCAGUCUCUAAAAAAUGAAUCCACUGUAACCUUCUUAUUCCUCAGUCUUCUUCUUCCUCUUGUUGGUUUUGUUUCUUUCAAUAUGAUUAGUACUUUAGUUAGCUCGUUAAUUAAGAAGUUAAGUGUGAUAAGACUAUCGUCCUAGGGAUUUAAUUUUUAUCAUACUUUUAUACUAUUUUAUUUAUGCGAUCAAAAUUUCAUGUUCUUUCUAACCUGAAAUAAUUGUCUGAUUUCAUAUUUCAAAGUGUCAAUAAUAUAAAAUAUAAAAAUUUUAAAUUUGGACAAUUAUUUCGAAACAGAGAGUAUAAAUUUUUUGACGGAGGGCCAAAUUAAAUUUCAUGAGAUGCGCAGGAUAAAACUUACGUAUGUAGAUUUCACACGCUCAAGGAAAAGGCGAAAAUGGAUCUAAAUGACGAAAUGGAUCCACUAAAUCAGUUGGAGUUCAUUGAGGACCUGCAAACACUUGGAGUUUCUUACCACUUCCGACACAAAAUUCAAUCAAUUUUAAGCACCAUUUACGAGAGCAACUACAAAAACAGCGGCAAGAUUCUGCCGAACGGAGAAGAUUUGUAUGCAACAGCACUUGGGUUUAGACUCAUGAGACAACAUGGUUUUGAAGUGGUACAAGGUAAAUCAUGCAUGUUACUGUCUCCGUCCCAUAAUUAUUGUCCAGUUUGAGUUUUCAUUUUUAGUUUAAAUUGUACUAAAAGUAAAUCUCAAACUGGACAAUAAUUUUGGUACUGAGGGAGUACAUUGUUUCUUGUUCUUCACUUAAAUGAAUAGACGAGUAUGUUAUGCCCUUAAUUUGCAAGGAAAUUCCAUUCUUUUUUAGUUCGUUGUCUAUCUCACUUACUGUAUAUGAACGAUAUAUUAUAUGGCUAUGUUACAGAUGUUUUUAAUUGUUUCAAGGACGAGAAAGGGAAUUUCAAGGCCAACCUUUGUAAGGAUAUAAGAGGGAUGCUUCAAUUGUAUGAAGCAUCAUAUUUUGAAAGAGGAAAUGAGAGGACUCUAGAACUAGCCAGAAAAUUUGCAAGAAAACAUCUCAAGAAAAGCCUUGAAGAGAAAGAAAUAUUGGAUCUACAACUUGCUUUGCUAGUGGAACGUGCCCUAGAGCUUCCAUUACAUUGGAGAGUGCCAAGGGUAGAUGCAAGGUGGUUCAUGGACUUGUAUGAUAAAAGAGUAGGCAACAAGAAUUCAUAUUUGGUUGAAUUUGCCAAAUUGGACUUUAACCUUGUCCAAGCAACACAUCAGAACGACUUGAAAGACUCGUCAAGGUGGUGGGAGAUGACUUGUUUGGGAAGCAAGCUGGAUUUCGUAAGGGAUAGAUUGGUAGAAAAUUUCUUCUGGACAAUAGCGGUCAACUUUGAGAACGAAUCCUGUGAAGGCUCAUACUUCAGAAUAAUGUCAACGAAGGUUAACGCUUUGAUUACAGUGAUAGAUGACAUUUAUGAUGUUUAUGGCACUUUGGACGAACUGGAACUUUUCACUUCUGCGGUUGAAAGGUGGAAUGUCGACGUAAUAGACGAACUUCCGGGGUACAUGAAGAUUUGCUAUCUGGCCCUUCAUAAUACCAUUAACGAAAUUGCUAACGAUGCCAUGAAAGAACAAGGUGCCCUUAUCAUUCCAUACCUUAGAAAAGCGUGGGGUGAUUUAUGCAGAUCCUAUUUGCAAGAAGCAAAAUGGUACCACAGUGGCUACACACCAAAUCUGCAAGAGUACUUAGACAAUGCAUGGGUUUCAAUAUCGGGUCCUCUAAUACUUGUUCAUGCUUAUUUCUUAGUUAGUACUCCAAUUACAAGCAGCGCUUUACAAUCUUUGCAUCCGUACCAUAACAUAAUUCGUUAUUCAGCCAUGAUUUUGCGCCUCGCUAAUGACUUGGGAACAUCAAAGGAAGAGCUAAAACGUGGGGAUGUACCGAAAUCAGUGGAGUGUUACAUGAAUGAAACAGGAGUUUCUGAGGAAGAAACUAGGGAGCACAUCAAACUGUUGAUCAAUGAAACAUGGAAGAAAUUGAACAAAGAAGGAGUUGGAGUUGAUUUACCUUUUUCCGGGAAAUUCGUGGAAGUGGCGGUGAGUUUGGGGAGGAUGGCGCAGUGUGUGUAUGAGUAUGGCGAUGGACAUGGUCAUUCCAAUCCCCAAGCUAAAGACCGAAUUCAGGCAUUGUUGUUCCAGCCGAUUGUUGUUUCUUCUCAUGUUGGAGAUUCUGUCACACAUCUAGUUAAGUACAUAAAUUAGGUUGGAUUGCCAUCAAAAAAAUAUAUAUAUACUUUGCAUUUAAUUUUGAUAUUUGUGAUAUUUUUUGUAUAAAUAUUAAAGUUCAAUGUAGAAUAAUUUUUUUUCUAGGACGGAUAUAGUAUAAUUAAAAAGAAAAGUUCAGAUCUAUAUAUAAGCAAUUUUAUUUUGUUGGUUAAUGUCGCAUAUUCAAUAGUCAUCUCUAAGUCUAAUGUAUGUGAAAUUUUAAGAAAUCACUAGUUCUUUCAUAUUGCCUUCAUAUCAUUUAUUACCUGAUCAAGGUCCAAAAAAAUAUAUCCUUUUCUCCGUC